AUGUGUCUCGCGUCGUUUCUUAAGUUCCUCAAAUUCAAAUUGAGGCGUAAAAGCAUCAGUGAUAAAGUUGUAUCCAUUGAACGUGGUAAUCAUCAAGGACAUGACAGCAUCAAGUCUAGCGCCAGGAGAUAUUCCUGGGACCAGAUGCAGAAGUCCACAAUGAAUUUCUCUUCGGUGAUCGGGUAUGGAGGAUUUAGUACUGUCUAUCUUGCUCAAUUUCCGGACUUGACGAAGGGCGCCGUGAAGAUCCACAGCCAAAGCGACCGUCUCAAUCAAGCGUUCAAGCAGGAACUGGAAAUCUUUCUCCACCUCGAGCAUGAUAAUAUAGUGAAGCUGCUUGGUUAUUGUGAUGAUCAAGAUGAAGGAUUUCUGAUACUCGAGUACGCACCCAACGGAAAUUUGCACGAGAAACUUCACUGUAUAGACAAAUCAAUGGGAAGAAAGAGGCCAGUGCUUCCUUGGAAGAGACGCAUGGCAAUAGCGUUCCAACUUUCUCAGGCAUUGGAAUACCUCCAUGAGAAAAGCGUUUUGCAAAUCGUCCACGGUGACAUAAAAUCUUCAAACAUAUUGCUGGACGAGCAACUGAAUUGCAAGCUAUGCGAUUUUGGGUCUGCAAAGAUGGGAUUCUCUUCCACAGUGCUUCCACCAUCUUCCCUUGGAAAAAACAGGAUGAUGCUUGGUUCUCCGGGCUAUACAGAUCCUCACUAUUUCAGGACAGGGCUUGCCUCCAAAAAAAAUGAUGUAUACAGCUAUGGAGUUGUUUUAUUGGAACUCAUAACGGGAAUGGAAGCCUUCAGUGCGCAUACCAGAGAGAGAUUGACAAGAACACUUGACCCAAUGCUGCGAGAUGCAGAGAAGGUGGUGGAAAUGGUGGAUCCACAUCUCGGUGGGGACUUUGAUUUGGAAGAAGCCAAGGUCAUGACUUCCCUCGCAGCAAUGUGCCUUUGCGAUUCUCCCAGCCUCAGGCCUUCUGCAUCAGAUAUCAUAAGAACAAUGAGAAAUGGAAUUCCCUCCACCUCCUUCUUGUUCAGAGGAAAAGCUUGA